UUCUUCAGUUUAAUGCGUUGAGUUACCUUCCUCCUCCUCCUACCUGACACUCCUCACAGAACCACGCAGAGGGCGGCGCAUUUGGGGAGGGUGCGAGAGGGGGAAUUCUUCACAAACGAUCCCGCGGACAGUUUCUGGGAAUGGUCUGUGAGGAAAAUGUCGAAAGCAGGUGGCAAAAUUUUCAACCACACUCAAGUUAUUUGCCUCACACCCUCACAUGCCCCGCACUGUUUACAGCCAGGCUCCGCCUAACUCAGCCCGCUCCCGGAUCCCCGCGAGGACCAUCUCCUUUGGACUUGCCGCUUCCUGAUUUUUGAUUGCAAUCGGUAGAAGAUCCCGGUGAAAAGCGACCGAUAACGACAGCGACUCGGGUUUAUGGCCGUCAUGAACGAGCAGCCUCCGUGCGCGCUUAGAUCUUUGCAUUCUGACGAAGCCAGCUUUGUGAAGUUUGUUAAUCUGACCCAGCGUACUGCAAGACCUUGGUGGAUCGAUUUUAAUGGACUUCCUCAAAAAUAUGAUGACAUUGCACCGGGAGGCAUUUCGCAUAUGCGCACCUAUCGCACUCAUCCUUGGGUUUUUCGAGAUGCAAACACUGGGGAUAAAUUGCUUAUAAAUAAAGAUGAAAUUUAUUUUCCAACAUCUGCACUAUAUGAUGGAAACAACCCCGUUUAUCUUCCUGUUUACAUCACACUUCCAGUGUAUUCACUGAAGGAUUGGUGUUUGCAAUUUGUUCGCAAACACGUGAAGUCGGAGGACUACACAAAGUUGAAAAUACCAUGUCCAUUGCAAUCUGAUCUUCAAAAUCCUCCACAUCUGCAAAAGGAGAUUGAAAACCUGAGCACUCGCUACAGAAACAGCUAACAAUUUAAAAAUUGCUACUGUGCUAUUUCCAUUUCUCACAUUUCCACCUUGUUUUACAUUGUUAAUGUAUGACUUAACUUUUUCCAUUUCACUUAUAUUCCUGUUUUAACCAGCUUGACAAAUGGUUUAAUGGGACACGUAAAGGAAAAAUUUUCAAUCUUUUAGUUACAAAAUUAGGGAUUUAUUGGUGGAGGAGAUGCUAAUUUUAUUCUGCAACUAUAAACUAGAUAGAUCUUAUGUAUUUCUAAUGAGGAUAAAAAUAGCUUGUUUAUAGAACAGGCUAUUUGUCUUUCAUUUAAGAUUAAAUAAUAUUUCCCUGUCCAUAAGUAAUGGUUGGAACCGGAAUGGAAUAACAAUGAACACUCUCAUGCUCUGCUUUGUAGUCGAUAAAUUAUUAAAGUGCAAUUUAAAAAUCAAUGCACUGUCCAUUGGCUCAAAUAAUUCUAAUAUUUCAAGUGAAGAGUUAAGAGUUAUUUUCCAUUUCUUUGGCUCUGUGUUCUCUCUACUGGGAGUAAUAAAGUGCAUCCAAAGUAUAUUAGGCCAAGUCAUUAGAGCAUCUGGACUACUGUUGAAGGACAGCAGCUUGAAAAGCUUAAGACCCAAAGAACAAAUAGGAGUCCACGUGAAUGAUGUAGUUUGAUUAAUGGUGUCACACUUCUUGUUGUUCCUUGGGCUGAUUUGGCAGUCGCAUGCAGAAGCCCCAUUGUUAAUUAUUUUGCAUUCCUCUGAAAAGGAGACCAUUUUGAUUGAGGCAGAUGGAAGUGAAGUGAGAGGUUCAGAAAUGUACUUCUGCAGUUACAUUGCCUGUCCUCGCUCUGACCUAGGUAUCUCAGAAAUUGUGGAAGUUGAUGUGAGCAUAUAUAGGACCAGCAAAACAUGUGCUGCCCCAUUUUCCUUUAAAUACAUUUUUUAAAAAAUUAGAUUUUUCUGGAAUCAGAGAGGAAAACUAUAUUGAGAUAUUUUGGGGGGGCAUGAUUUACUACUUGAUCUUUAUCUCACAGGGUACUGAAUGUGUAAAGCAAUUGUUUUAUUGUUUCUUCUUGAUUUACUUCUUCAGUACUUCAUCAGAACCAGUUGUUAAAUGUAAAUUUGAUUGUCUUUGUUAUAUCUGCCUCAUUUGUUAUUUCUGAAUAUGUAUACUACCUAGUUUUUGAAACUGCCAAAACUUAAAAAAAAACAGAAAAUGCAAGAUACACUCAGCAUCUCAGGCUGCUGUAAUGGAAAGAAAAAACAAGUUAAUGCUUCAGAUCUGUGAAAAGGUUAGUUUUACAUUGCGUGGGGGGGGGGGGUGUAGGCUAUAUGACUAAUAGAUCAACAAAGAUAGUUAGAGGGAACAUUUUAGAUCAAAUAUCUUUUGUUUAGACUGGGAAGACAGGUUAGACUUAAGAGGCUAAGUGAAUGAGGGAAGGGUAGUAAUCCAAACACAAGAAAGUCUGCAGAUGCUGGAAAUCCAAAGCAAUACACACAAAAUGCUGGAUGAACUCAGCAGGCCAGGCACCAUCUAUGAAAAAGAGUAAACUGUUGAGUUUUUGGGCUGAGACCCUUCAUCAGGACUCAACUACUUAUGUCUAAUCAGGUGAGAUCAGGGUUGUCAUAAGGAGGACAAUGAGACAGAGGGAAGAGGGACAGAGGAAGUGAGGAUUGGGGAGAAUAAACCGAAUGACAUCUAAGAUCUGUGAAAUGCAUUUGAGCCCUGUAUGUUUUAUUAGUUCUGUUUCUUUUCCUUCAGAUGCUGCCUGACCAGUUGAGCAUUUUUGGCUGUUUCUGUUUUUAUAUCAGAUCUCUAACUUUUGCAGUUUUUUAAAAUUUAAAUUUAUUAUUGAAAGUGCUACUUUGGGUGUUUUUAAAUCUUGGACAAUGUUUCCUGGGCGUCAAUAAAAUGUUAUUCAUC